UUCGUUCUUAAACAGAAACAAUCAUUGUACGGAGCAUCUUUUCCUGGCGUUUUUUCGAAGUGAUUAACUUGCUUUGUGUUCAGCACUUGCUAUUUCGGCAUAUUUCAUUUUUCUAAAAGCUCUAAAAAGUUACUAGAAAGUAUUAUCACGCCGUUAACAGUAAUGAGAAGCUAAUAUAAAAGGAUAGAAAAAAUCGCAUACAUUUAGGAGAGUGACUCAGACUCCGCCUCUUGGAAGGACAGUACGGAUUUGAUACAAGAUGGAGAAUCUGAACUUUCCACCGGUGGAAUUCAAUCGGCCCGAUUGUUCCGACAGCAGUAAAACUGUCUUCCAGGAGUUUGCGAUUGUGCUUCACAAUUUUCACCUUUUCGAGUCUAUUCCGACGGGCAAAUGGCUGUCACUGUUGCAGGAAAAGGCGCUCGUUAGACGGAAAACCAACACUAGAGAAGCGGACCGACUCCAUCACCUUUCGGAGCAGUUAGCCGAGAAUGACGAGCUGGAUAAAGCAAUGAUUCAUAUAACGCAAGCACUGUAUCGCUGCCCACCAGACAGUAUCCUAGCGAAGGCUAUCCUAUGCCAGAAGGGGGAAUUGCUCCGAAGAAAAGAGCGAAUACAAGACGCAAUCCGACAUCUAGAGCAUUGUCUGCAGAUUGAAGGGGAACGAUUUUCGUUCGGGACGUAUCUGUGUUUGCUACGUUGCUACAAGGCGAUGGGGAAUGCGAUGAAGGUGCGGACGACUCUGGGUCGCUGUGCCACUUUCUUCAAUCGCUGGAAGGACGAAUUUCAGCGGUACGAUUCGCAGUUGAAAAACGAACCGGAUGUACACAUGGAAGAAAUGAAGAAAGAGUUUGAUCUUCACGCAAAUUGCAUUCCUAUCGAAAUUAUGAACGAUAAAAGCUUUCGAAAUGAACCAGCAGUACAGGACGACUACGAAGAGGAUAUUGAGCUGGAACCGUUCAUGGGCUUUUCUACAGACAGCAAACUGUGUGGUGCUUCUAGAGCUUGCAGUUUGAACUUGAAUGAAAAAUUUCCUAAGUUGGUGGCUAAUUCGUUUAUUCCAGAAGGAUCGAUUGUUCUUAUUGAGCGUCCACUAGCAUCUCAUUUGGAAUUCUCUAAGGUGCAGUGUUAUACUUGCCAUGUUGUUCACCCUCAUCUAAUACCCUGCUUCAACUGCCAAGGUGUGUUCUACUGUUCCUACGAGUGCCAACGGAAAGACGCCGGUUAUCACAAAUUCGAAUGCCGUGGUUACCAACUGUUGUUUUUUCCUCUAGUCAAUGGAAACUUGGAGCUGCGAAUGCUCAUCAGAACCUUGAACACACUCAAGCGAGUGCUGGCAGUUAAACCUGUUUCGGUUCUCAAAAACCCCAGAACGGCAGAGGAGCUGUACAAGCUACUCUUGGAAGGUCGCGAACCUUUCGCUGACCUGUUCAAUGCUCUGAUAGUUAAGCUGGACUAUUCCAGAUUUCGAGCGGAGGACUUCGAUGCGCUUAUGAUUAAGACGGAAAAAUUGCUCAGCUAUAUCAAAUUAGACGGACAGCUCAAGCGGUUAUAUUUUGCACAAUGGAAGCACUUUGACGAUUUUCAGUUCGAUAUCUUUGUCAGCGGACUGUUGUUGCACUUCUGUACCUUAACCAUGAAUAAAGUAAGCCGACUGUCGUUCGACAUUCCAGCAACAGAUGAUUUUGUUGGGCGCGUUCAGGAGAACGUUGGUAUCGGCAAUAAUUAUGAACAGGAACCACUGAAAAAAACUGUACUGGAAACGUUGGAGCGGUAUGGCAAGGAGUAUUCAAAACGAAACUCAAUCGAUACGGCUCUGUUAAGGGAAGGAGUUUGGAGUCAUCUGGAGAUGCUUCGCACCGAAUAUGAAGACAGUAGGAAACUGGAAGAAUCGGAUGCCAACUCGUGUCAUCAGGUGUGGACUCGGGUGAACGUGAAACGACUAUGGCAACGAUGUCUGGAUGGUGCCCAGUUGGAUGCGGACCGUCGGCAGCAACGACAGAAACCGUCCGACGAGGAUAUAGUUUCGAAAGCGCUGCUACGGUUCUUCGAUGCGUAUUUCGAUCAUUUCGGGGAAAUUCCUAUGUGCAGCCGAACGCGGACGUUUCCGAAUGUGAUGCGAGCCUUUUAUUCGACGGGGAUGAAACUGAAGCAUUCGUGUGGACCAAAUCUUUUCUUUGCAAUGAUUUCAAACGGUCUAUUCGUUGUCCGCGCCAGACGAGACAUUAAAAAAGGCGAAGAACUUACGCUUAAUCAUGGUCCACACUACAAAGAAGCAUCCCGCGAUAAGCGCCGGAGUUAUCUACGUAAAAUCUACAUCAAUUGUGAUUGCACUCAGUGUGGUGUCCUUGAUGAUCAUUGGAUUCAAUACCAACGCAUCAAAUGUGAAUAUUGUUUGUUCAAGCCAGCACCCUCCAACCCGUGUCCCGAGUGUAAACACGUCAAGGAGUUGUCAUGGGAAAUGGAAAUUCUAAUACAGCAGCUGCAGGAUCUGGAAUUAAAUCUAUCGAAAAAUUCACUUCCUCAGCUGUUGCCGCUAACGGCUUUGGGUCGUACGGCCGGUGGCUUGCAAACGGCCACUGCUUCCGGUAAGCGUAAAGUCGAGUUACUCCUUUUUUUCGAACGCAUUUGGCAGAUGGUGUACGUCGAUGCAAGCAACAUACCGCUGUACAAUAACCUAAAGGAACAGCUGUCCUGCUUUGCGGAGGAGGUAAUUCGAGAUGCUGUCGACGAAGUGUAUGUUUUGCUGAAGCGCUGUAAGGACGUGAUCGACACGUUGUUCCCACAUAUGAGUGUACAGGUAGCAAACGAAUAUGAGCUGGUAGUUCGGCGGGCUGUGAAGUAUAUGGUACCAGCGAAAUUUCUCGGCGUGGAUCGUAGUCAGGUUUAUCGGACCUUUGAUCUGGCUUAUUCGAUGAUAAAGCACGCAUUCCUUAUCCUAGAAUCACACUUUCUGUACGACGACGAAAGCUAUCGAAAGUUGACGGUAGUGGAACACUCGCUGCGGUUAUUCGAGGAAAACUUGCGUGUGAAUGGUGCUAAGGAAGACGCCGAACUUUUUCUUUCGUUGACUAAACCUGUAAAAAGAAAGAAAGAUCCAUCAAGUGUAAAGAAACGGGAGCUAAAACAAUCCAACGGCAAAUCCUCCAAAGAAACAAAACCAUCGGAUGACAUUCAGGACACUAUCAGUGAGCUGAAGCAAGCCAGUGCUGAAACAAAGUCCGCUCUCCUGCGAAAUGGAAAGCUACCAAAUGGUAUUAGUACAAAGAAUAUCCCAAACGGUGCUAACAGUUGUAAUACAAGCAGCAGUAGUAGUUGCAGUAGUAGCAAUGGUAGUGGUGACAUCGUUAAAACCAUGUUGGUACUUGAUGCCGACACUGAGAUUGUGGACGGGGUGACGACAGAGAUGCAAACUGAAUCAAAGCAAAAGACAGGUAAAAUCUCCAAACGCAAAGAAACCGGAGCAAUUCCAAAACCGAGCCGAACAACGAAACAUCAUCGUAAAGUUUGAGAAAAGACAUCGUAUUCCUGGUAAGCUUCGAAUAUGUUGUUUUAUUUUGUGUGUGCGUUCUCCGAUGAGCUGUCCCGGAGCUUAGAACGUGUUACUUCGAUACCAUUCCUGUUUUAAUGUUUAGGUUCAUAUUUUAAUGUUUCGAAUCAUUACCAAACCCGACAGAACAGGCGUUGAUCUAUUAAUUAUCGAAUCAGUAGUCUAUCGUACAAAUACUUAUCAAAUAUAAACGAUCAUAGUCACGCUUAAAUAGAUGUAGUGAAGCUAAAGAUACCCAGAAAAAUCGAACACACGUUCAAUUCUUCUUAGUUGAUAACCUAACAAAAAAAACCUUGGAAGUGCUGUUGCUGCAGAACAAUUCUAUACUGUACUUAAUUUGAACUAUACUCAUCGUAUAUUGAUCCCUCAUAAUAUAAAAACAAAAAACGAACUAUUUUUUCUAAAAUCAAGUUUUUACUAAAUUUCCAUUUGUUUCCGACCAAUUUUUGCGUCACGUGUGACGACGAAUCUCACUACAGGAUAGGCCAUUUUUGUGCACUACGAGAAGUCGAUUUGGAUCGAUGGGCUUUCUUAGGUGUUUUAUCGUUACGUCAAAAUUGAACGAACAGCAGUACUGUCUCCAUGGAUUGCACAUUAUGUUAAACCAAGUAGCCCUGCGAGCAUAUGAACAGUACUGCUGAAUUGUCAAAUAAAUUGAGGUUAGCAGUGAUGUUAAAAAAAACUUAAUUGCUCCCAAGUAACCCUCUGACGCUAUUAGGGUUUGCACGAAAAUGACAGGAUGGACAUCCUUUGACAGCUAUCAGUGGUUUGUUUACAUGUUCAUUCCAUUCUUUUCCAUGAUAUUCCCGGUACAUUCAACAAUGUUCCUUUUUUUACGGUGUUGAAAAACCAUGUCAAACGAUGAAUUUGAUUCAUCGGCAGUUCAUUGAUGUCGUAAUCGUGCAAAACCUGAUUCUUGUAUCAUUCGAUUGUGUUCCUUGUUAUUCUUGUAUAAUACCAUUCGGUACUAACAUGUGAUUAGGGCAUAUCGUGCGAUAUGCCCUUUUGAAAGUUACGAAAAAUAAUGCUCAUUACUCAAGUUUUAAACAUUAAAUUCAAGCAUAUUGCGCACAAUUUCGUAGAUUGGGCUUCUAUCUACGAGAUUAUAUCGAUUGUUGUAUAAAUGAAGGUUGUAUAGUCGAGCAAUGAGCAUUAUAUUUUGUAACAUUCGCAAGGCCCUAUCGUGCGAUAUGCCCAAAUCACAUGUUACUACCGCAUUGUGUUCGUUGUCAUUUCAGUGCAAACAAAUCACCGAUUGCUGUCACUUUAGGUGGUUUGUUUGCACUGGAAUGACAAAAACAUAAUGAAAUGAUUCAAGAAUAACAUAGAACAGAAUGGAAUAAUACGGAAUAAGCAUGUAAACAAACCAUCAUUUUGUGAGAUUAUGUCUUUUUCGUGCAAAACCUUAUUAGGUUUUGCAUGAUAACGACACAAAUGGAAUGUCGACGAAUCAAAUUCAUCUUUAAGAACUAUUAGGUUUUGCACGAUGGCCACUCGAAUGCACUACCGAUGAACUGACGACGAAUCAAAUUCAUCUUUUGACAGCUAUCAGUACAUAUCUAUUAACACGUAUUCAAAUUAGAAUGAACGCAAUGAACACCUGAACAAACCACUGAUAGUUGUCAAAAUUGAUUGAUUUUUUAAGGUUAUGUCAUGUUCGUGCAAAAUCUAAUUAGGUUUUGCUCGAACAUGACAUAACCUCACAAAAAUGAACAGAAUGAACUUUUUUUGACAGUCGACGUGUACUUGUUUACAGUUUAAAAGUUCAUCGUUCGAAUGUAUAAUUUGCAAGUCGCCUCAUACUCAACAGAUUCAUACAUAUAUCGCUCCUUGAUGCUGGAAACACAUUCAGGGCAAUCUUUUUAGUUAUUUUCACAAUGGAAUACGUUGUUAACAGGCACUUUUUCGUAAUUUUUUUCAAUUUUUAACUUGCAGUCGCAAAACAAAACAAGUACACGGCAACUGUCAAAGAUGAACUUGAUUCAUCGGCAGUUCAUUUGUGUCGUAAUCGUGCAAAACCUAAUUAGGUUUUGCACGAACAUGGCAUAACCUCAUAAAAAUGAACAGAAUGAACUUUUAAACUGUAAACAAGUACACGUCGACUGUAAAAAAUAGUUCAUUCUGUUCAUUUUUGUGAGGUUAUUAGGUUUUGCACGAACAUGACAUAACCUCACAAAAAUGAACAGAAUGAACUUUUUUGACAGUCGACGUGUACUUGUUUACAGUUUAAAAGUUCAUCGUUCGAAUGUAUAAUUUGCAAGUCGCCUCAUACUCAACAGAUUCAUACAUAUAUCGCUCCUUGAUGCUGGAAACACAUUCAGGGCAAUCUUUUUAGUUAUUUUCACAAUGGAAUACGUUGUUAACAGGCACUUUUUCGUAAUUUUUUUCAAUUUUUAACUUGCAGUCGCAAAACAAAACAAGUACACGGCAACUGUCAAAGAUGAACUUGAUUCAUCGGCAGUUCAUUUGUGUCGUAAUCGUGCAAAACCUAAUUAGGUUUUGCACGAACAUGGCAUAACCUCAUAAAAAUGAACAGAAUGAACUUUUAAACUGUAAACAAGUACACGUCGACUGUAAAAAAUAGUUCAUUCUGUUCAUUUUUGUGAGGUUAUUAGGUUUUGCACGAACAUGACAUAACCUCACAAAAAUGAACAGAAUGAACUUUUUUUGACAGUCGACGUGUACUUGUUUACAGUUUAAAAGUUCAUCGUUCGAAUGUAUAAUUUGCAAGUCGCCUCAUACUCAACAGAUUCAUACAUAUAUCGCUCCUUGAUGCUGGAAACACAUUCAGGGCAAUCUUUUUAGUUAUUUUCACAAUGGAAUACGUUGUUAACAGGCACUUUUUCGUAAUUUUUUUCAAUUUUUAACUUGCAGUCGCAAAACAAAACAAGUACACGGCAACUGUCAAAGAUGAACUUGAUUCAUCGGCAGUUCAUUUGUGUCGUAAUCGUGCAAAACCUAAUGUCAUGUUCGUGCAAAACCUAAUUGAACUACCGAUGAAUCAAGUUCAUCUUUGACAGCUGCCGGUGGUUUGUUUUGUUUUUCGACUGUAAAUCAAAAAUUGAAAAAUGACGAACAAGUGCCUGUUAAAAACAUGUUGCACAGCGAAAAGAACUAAAAAGAUUGCUUUGUAUGCGUUUCCAGCAUCAAGGAGCGAUAUUUAUAUAAAACUGUUUAGUGUGAGGCGACUUGCAAUUUUUAAGUUCAAAGAGGUUCAUCACCUCUGAUAAACUUUCAAACUAUAAACAAACCAGCGGCGGCUGUUAUAAAAAGUUAAUUCUGUUCAUUUGGUGAGGUUAUGUCAUGUUCGUGUAAAACCUAAUAACACGUAUUCAAAUUAGAAUGAACACAUAAACAAACCUUGACAGUUCAGCGGUACUGUUUACAAACAUACUCAAAGAAAAAUAGAAGUGCACAUCUUAAACAAUCAUCUUUACACUUUGCAACUAGUCACUUUUAUUUAAUAAAUCUCAAAAACUAACCGUAUCCAAUCGUCAACAAAUGUUUACUCUAUUUAGGUGAUAUGGACCGUAAAUGCUCUCAUUCAAUUUGUCAACAGAGGUUAACAGUGACGGUAAAAAACCUAAUAAUGCGAUGAGAUCAAUAAUUCAUUCGCCGGGUUGUGAGAUUUGUCAUUUCGCGUCAUUUAAUACAUAGUUCUUGGUAUCAUAGUGAUAAAUCCGGAAAUAUUGCUGAGAAACAAGAAAAAAAUCACUAGCCAACUUUGCAGAUUAAUAUAGUUUUGAUAGCUCGAAUUGUAAAAGUUUCAGUAAAUAACUUCGCUAUAUAGUUUAAGGCUUAACAAAACGUCAGAUCUUAUUGACUUUUUCGAAAGGCCUCAUCUGCUAAAUGACAGCUUCUUUUUGUUUACUAUUAUUAACUGAUUGGCCGUUUCCAUGUUUGCUUCAACUAAUUUUGAUAUAAAUUAAGCCCUGAACUUGAAAAUGGAAUGAAAAUCUUUUACAAUAGAAAGUAAACAAAUGGAGGAUCUCACUUGCCGGUGCAGUUGUUUGGAAAAAGCAUCGAAAUAUCCUCAUAAGAGAACACGCUUCUUUUGCUUGCUAUUCCGUCAAUAUCUCGGUUAAUUUUAAAAAUAGUGCCAUAAAGAUUGAAAGAUAGAAAAAACAGAGUUAUUGACAGAACAACUUUUAACGUAGGACUACGUGUUUGUUUUUUAUAUAGGGGUGCAAACUCAAAGUUCAAAGGUAAUCAAAACCGUACAAACAGUGAUCAGGUUUCGAAUAUCUACCAUGUGUGCAAGUAUUUCAAUGUCUCUUAAAAUAAAUUAGGUAUAUUUCGAAACAAAAGCGCUAUUUUGUUAGCUGGACUCUCCUCUUCAAAACGAAAAAGCAAAGUCUUGGUAUUGUAAUUAUUUUGUGGCUUUUAAUCUUUUGUUUCGAUAGACUUCGCAGUCGAUCCAUAGCGUACAGAACCAUUGUAUGACUGGUGCUACAAUCCUACUGACACUAAGAAUCCUUCCAGGUCGGGUCUCGAGCGUACAACAACUGCCUUUUAAGACCAUUGUUCUGUUUGUUUGCUUGAUUUCGAGCUUGAUGUCGUAUUAACCAUGUCGAGUCUCGAUCUAAAGAAGAGCAUUUGCGUCAUUUGCUUCUUUAAUCAAAAGAAAAAGGCAUCGGUAAGUCAUCGAAAUCCUGAAGAGACUUAUGACAAACUUUCCCCAACCGUCAAUACUGUGAACGCUGGUUUUAACGUUUGAAAACAGGCGAUUGUUACCAGUUUGAAGUUGACAUAUUACCACCACUAGCAGCAGUGGUGCUAGAUGUAUUAAAGAAUAAGCCACUGUUCGGACUUUGUGCCGGUUUUCCUUUAAUAACUUUUUCUACAAACGUCUGGUUGUUUUGCGGUCUUCUAAAGUUUUCUUCCUCGUUAAAUUUCCUACGAAAAUAACACAUGCACUGAUUUUUAGAGUUCAUAGGUUGAUCUCCAGCCGAUUUUUUUUGUAAAAACUGAACAAAUUCCCAUACAAACUUUAAACCUCGGGCGCGAAAAUAUAGUUUCUCAUAUCGAGCUAAAAUUUUGCAUGGUGCUUAUAAGACCCAAAAGGAACAGGAAAACCUACUGUAUAUCCUCACCAUUUGCUGUUACCUCUGGAGUUCCUCGAGGAGGUCAUCUUGGACCGUUUAUAUUUUUAUUGCAUCUCAACGAUCCAAAAUUUUUCGAUGAAGUGUAUAAAACUAUCGUUCGACGAUGACUAAAAUAUUUCAUAUAAUCAAAUCUGCAGCUGACUCAGAGUUUCUACAAAAACAAUUAUUUAAUUCAACUAAUUGGUGUAACAUAAACCAAAUGGUUUCAAAUGGCUCUAAAUGCCCCGUUAUCUUUUUUAGUUGCAAAAAGUCUGUAUUCAAGUUCGAGUAUAAUAUUUCACUAACUGUUCUCGAACACGCAUUGUCUGUGUGUUCUUCUGGAUUCUAAGUUAAAUUUUAAGGAGCACAUAGAGUUCACUAUCUCCAAAGCCUCUAUGCUAUUAGUAUUUAUUUUCCACGUUACUAAAAAUCCUCUAAUGUAAGCUACUUGUAAGCUCUGUAUUGCGCUUUAGUUCGCUCAACUCUCGAAUAUGCUGCUGUUAUCUGGUUACCUUAUUACCAAAACGAUAUCUAACGCAUUGAAGCGAUUCAACGCAAAUUCUUCCGAUUCGCUCUCCGACGUCUUCCAUGGGGAUAUCCUUUAAACCUACCAAUAUACCAUGACCGCUGCAAACUGAUUGGUCUCGAUUUAUUAUCUGUCCUUCGCAAUGUUUGUAAGGCUAGUUUUGUGGCAGACCUACUUCAGUCGCGAAUCGAUUGCUCCGAGCUUGCAAUUGUUACAAUUAGACAUGUGACGUCAUAAUCUUCGAUCUUAUUUUGUCUUCGGAUUUCCUAUGCUAGAACUAAUUAUGGAUACAACGAGUCCAUUACUAGCAUGUGCGCAUAUUUAACAAAUGUUUCAAAUCUUUCAUUUAUAUCACGUAAUGUUAUCAAGAAAUCGUUCCUCAUGUUAUUGUCUCAUUUGGAUGACCGUAUUUUGUUGAUGCAAGAGAUGAUGAGGUUUUUUUCAUACUGGAGAGCAAGUUUUAACUAAAUAAAAUAAUAAAAGAUGAGAAGGAAAAGAAAGACAUUCAGAGUAAAAAUCGACAACAGGAGAAGGCGCUGUCUCGGAAAACUAAAGUUAAACAUGAGGCGAUAAAUAAUUGAAACUGAAAUUAAAGAUAGUAACUGAUGAUGUGGCCUACUUUAAAAUUCUUCUUACCGAGAAGGACAAGCUUGCCGAGAAAGACAAUCUUGAAACAAAGAAAAAUGUUUUCGCUGAAAUCUGUUAAGCUUCUUUCAAAAUGACAAAAUUGUGGGCAAUUUUAUUUUCACUUUUACAUUUCCGUACAUCAGAGAGUAAAUAUUAACUAAGAACAUCAAAAAAGAUGUAGAAUUAAAAUGAAAUCGUUCUCAUGGGGUUUCUCAAAGUGACGUGCGGACUUAUUUAUUGUAUUUAUAUGACAAACUUAUGCAGAUUUUUAUAUUAUAUUCAAGAGGAUUUUCAAGUUCUGCAUAAAAAUAGUGGUGUAAACGACUUCGCGCGUUUUGAUUUCGAAUUUUUUCGUAACAACCCUGCAUUUCGUAUAACAUGCAUGUGGCAAAUUAAACACACACAACCUGAUUCUUUUAUGGAAUUUACAAUGGAUUCCAAACUAUUAAAGGUUUUUCUUUAUUUGAAAUUUAUAAUUUGGCAACAGAAUAAUCAACUGCGUAACAGUCCGUAAUAUCUGUUCAAAAUUUUCCAUUGUACUACUCUUCAAAGUGUGUGUUCAUACAGGAAGAGGCAGGCAAGCAGGACAGACAGGUUCAUACAGGAAGAGCCAGGCCACCCAAGUAACCAAUAAGCAUAAAACGUUGUCGUAUCUUUGUUUUAUAUACACUGAAGUCUUUUUUAUGCGAGUUUACGUACCGCAUAAAAAACCGCAUAACUCUGAAAAUCCGCAUAAAAACCCGCAUAACUCUGAAACUUCGCAUAAAAAAACCACAUAAUUCUGAAACUUCGCAUAAAAAAACGCAGAAGGGAAACCGCAUAACUCUGAAAAUUCGCAUAAAAAAAUCAAAAUAUUUGAUUAUUCAAUUUUAAAUUAUAUCCGUUUUUCAUUAUAGUAGUUUUGGAGUAUCAUUAACCGAAUAACCGAAUUCCAGGAAUUCGGUGGAGCUCUAAAUUUGUUUCAUAAAAUUGUACUUUUCUCCAAUCCAUUAUAAUCGAAGGUACAAUUAGAGCAAUUUCUUCGUUGCUGUUUGAUACUUUUCAUUUAUAUUUCCACUUUUAAAUGUUUUAUCCUCGUUCAUGUUAUGUUUUCGGCAAACUGAACUCUAAAAACUUGUUUUAAUCCACCUAGUGGUGUAAUGAUGCCUUUCACAUAUCAAUCAUACAAUCAUAUAUAAUACUGUGGUAUUCUUAAAAAUAAUUUUCUUCGAUUCUUAAAAGAAUAACCGAAAUAGGUUUGUUUGACCGUAUACUGAUAAAAACUAUCAAUUUGAUUUGAGGUCGAUUUAGAAAACUUUUUAAGGUUUUUCCCCAUUUUCAGUGAUGGUAUAUAAUUUUUGAACCCACUUUAUCCUAUAUUUCCGAAAUUCAGGAAUUACGUAUGGGACUACAGGACCUUUCAUUUAACUUUAAUAUAACUUGACUGCCAUAUAGAUUACUAUACGACAUUUUUGCCGUAUCAGUGCUGAUUUCAUGCCAAUUCAGUGAUAUCAUUUAAUGCUUAUGGUUACUUGAGAAAACUAUUAUGCAAUUAUUUUCGAAAGUACAUUUCGUACAAUUACUAAUAAGUGUGGAACACAACAAACUUUGCUGUAUAAAUAUUCCAAACAAUAAAUUAACAGUGAUUUAGACAAUAGUUGAAUAGUCCUACGUUAACAGCUCAAACAGCGUCAUAAGUCUGUCCGUUUCAGUUUUAUCAUUGAGUAAAGUUAUUGCGAUGACAACUUACAUGACUUUUAAGGAAGAAUAUUCUAAUUAUUAAUCAUAACAGCUCCGGCUACACUUUCUCGAAUUUAGGUAUUAUUAAAGAAUAGUUUUCUAUUUUACACCACUUUAAAAAAGUAGAAUUGCUACUUUUUCUUAAGUUUAUAAUCGGAAAUGCUGACGUAAAUAGAUCACAAGUUGAUACGAUAAAAUAUUAGGCUCGGGACAAAAAAAUGAAUGAACUUUUUAAAGUAAAAUUUCAUUUCCAAUUUCACUGUUCAUCAGUAUUAACUGAGAUGUUGAUGUUUGGAUUGAACCGGGAGUUUUAUUUAAACUAGACAAACUUGAAAUUUCUACUAGAAUUAGGUGUCUUAAAUUUCUUAAAGACUGCACUACUUAAAAGUUGGCCGUGCAGAAUGGGUUUUGAUCUAAAAGAAAGCAGCAUACAAAAAUUCCAAGGAUAUGAAAGGUAUUUUAUAUAGCUUUAAAAAACAAGUUGUUGGUCAGCUCUUCAAUUUUCCCAUUUCUUCAAAUUUCGCUUGACAACUGCUCAACAUUUUUCGACUGGAUGAAAAUCUGAACAAUUGGGUGAAUUCAUAUUUUUUCGAUAAAAUCAUCGAAUUUAAUUCACUUAUACCAUUCGCUGCCAUCUCAAUUGUAGUAGCAACUAACUAAACCAGGCCUGAACUUUACGGGUCCAUUGUGUGAUCGAAUGAAAGACAAGAUCCUCGUUUGGAUAUACUCCUCCUUGACGCUCCAGUGAUGUUCGCUUCCCUCAACUUUAUAUGCCUUGCCAAAUCACCAAAUUGCGAGCAAAUUUUAAUUUGAAAGAUGCAUUUAAAUUUGAACGAAGCAACUCAUUUAAGAUGAUGAAACUAUAUAAAAAUACAUUCGUUUUAUUUGGCAACAAGGGGUAUUUGUAGCACAACACGAUACGACUGAGAUCCUUCCUCUAUUUAUAUUGAAUACAACGAAAUUUUAACGGGUUUCGUUUAUAUUUACUUUUCUAAAUAAUAUAAAAAUUCUUUGACUUUGGAAUCCUCUGUUCCGGAUUGGGAAAUUUAUGAGUUUAUCAGACAGAAAUUCAUACACUGUGCGCAUCAAAAUGACACGAACGUUACUUAACAUAUUGCUGACAACAACGCCACCACAAAAAAAAGCGUUGGCUUCAGGAAUCAAAAUAACAGACAGCGUUAAACAAAAUCUUAUCGUUUUUUAAGUGGGGGUUUCUCGACUACUACUCACAUUACCAGCUCGGAAAGAAUUCCGAAACAAAUCCCAGCUGAGCGAAAAAUGUUCAUUCAAAAUUGAUUAAUGUGAAAUUCAGUAUGAGCCCCGAAUUUAUAAGGACUCUAAUGGCGUUUUUCAUUGACAAACACUGGUGGCGUGGAUUGCUCUGGUUUUGCACUUUCGAGCAGAAAUCGCAAUGAAACACCGUCAAAAUGUUGCAUUUCUGCUCGAAAGUGCAAAAUCAGAGCAAUCCACGCCACCAGUCUUUUUCAAUGAAAAACGGCAUAACACUAACAAACCAAUUUUCACGAAUCUUUUUUCCUUAUCGAAAAAUUAUUUACAUAUUUUACUUCCAACAAAAAAAAAACAAGAAAACGCUUAAAAUACAAACUGGAACAGUACCCGCAUGAUCGUUUAUUUUUAGGAUCGGUUUGUUGUUUUUUCAUGAAGAGAUCAACUGAUUUUUAUUCUACUCGAAAUACAAUAUUUAAAUAACAUUCAAAAACCCUGCACAUACUCCAAAAAUAAUGUUUCUACGCAGUAAAAUUAAGAAAAUGAACAAAUUUUUUAAAUAGUUUUGGAAACAAACCUAGUCGAAAGUAUAUCAAGACGGUGAAACUCCAUUCUUGAUAAAGACAUACUAAGGCUGUGAACUAUUUCGCAAAUGAUGUAACUUUUGAUUAAAAUCUGAAAUAUCUAGUUCUAGGAACUCGAUUGGGUAGUCUAUACACUAGAAAAAAAAAGCUUUUUCAAGAAUUAAUCUGAACAAUAUAAUUAUGAAAGGAAAACACUACCGAAAUUAUAUUACAUUUUCACUUUCAAUUGACACUAAGUAAAUGUGGAAAUACUAAGUUUAAAAUAAAAUAAUUAAAUAAAUUGUAACUGUUUUAUUUUUCAAAAGACACGCAUCGCAUCAACGUCGAUGCGUUUUAAAUAACAGGUUUAAAAUGAAAAUAUUGAAUAAGGAAUCUCGUUACUUUUCUUUAAUUAUAUUCAUUUUUGGUCAAUUUUUGAAUUCUUGAAAAUGCUCAAUCGAGUUACGGCACUUUUUUCCGACAUCAGAUUUCUUCCAAUGACGGAAAUUUCUAUGGUAACAAAAAUAACCCGGAUUUAAAAAAAAACAGUCUUGAGUCAAAUUGCUCUCUCCAUCAGCGCAAAACAAAUGGUAUGUCACACUGAAAUUGUGUAUGAAGUUUCAUCCAAAUCGAAGAAUGUCGAUCCUGAUUUUGCCACCUUUUCUGUUGUUAAUUUCUGGAAUUGCUUUAUAGUUAUUUUUUAUCGUAUUGUUGGAUUUGACUCAAACUACGAAGCACUCUAAAAUUUGACGACCGGAAACUUAUUUGACUGCACUGUAAAUAAAAUGAUAACAAGUAGUAUAGUAUUUGCAAUUGCGAGAGCAUAAAAGAGACUUACUUCUUGUUGCGGUAUUAUUUUGAACGGAUUUCCUCAGUUUUUAAUCUAACUGCCAAAAACAACCAUGCUCUCGAGUUGCUUUAUUUUUUAACAACGGAGAAAAUUAACGUCUGAUCUGUCAGAUUUUAACUAGAAGCUAAUAUUAUUUUGUCCCGGGUCGGCGGUUCAAUGCUUAGAAUGCUGGUCUUACAAACCAGUUGUCGUAUGUUCGAUUCCCGAUCUGGAAGGAUUCGUAGUGUCAGUAGAAUCGUAGCAAUCAGCCAUGCAAUGGUUCUGUACAGGCCCGUACCCAGGAUUUCGUUUCGGGAGGGGCCCAAAGAUAAAAAAAUAAUGUUACUGAAGAUUGCUGAUGUACCUAAUUCUCGGUGUCCCUUUUGUGGGUGUUUUAAUGGACACUUUAAACUUUUCCACUGGAACUAUUAUUGUAUUACAUUUCUUUACGUUUACUAUCUUGUUAUUUCUGUAACACAUGUCUGAGACCUUCUAAAUAAUUAUAUAUUUGUUUUUGAUUUCGGGAGGGGCCAGGGCCCCUCGGGCCUCCCCUCUGGGUACGUGACUGGUUCUGUACACUCUGAAUCGGCUGCGAAGUCUGUUAAAACAGAAGGUCAAAUUCCACUACAGGAAUGUAAUACCAAGGCUUUGCUUUUAAUAUUAUUCACGAAAAGGUUUACAGGCCAAGAUAUUUUUUUCCUUUGCUUUGUUUUCACGGUUCUAUCAUAGACAGGGAUAUUUCUCAGACUUGAACAAACAUCGCGUGCACUUUAUUUGGGCAUAGAUCGUGUUGAACUUUGGUCUGCUUUAUUUACCGAUUCCGAUGUGGUUAACAAGAAAAAACCAUUCAUAUGCAAGUGAUAUCCAUAUGGUUCUGUUUUAGUUGCGUAGGGCUCUGGUUUCCAGAGUCCCAGCUGGCGUAUGGUCGCGUUACGACCAGGAAGGACUUUGAGGGUUAGUAGGAUUAGCCAUGAAAUGGUUCUGUACGCCAGAAAUUGGCUGCGUAAUCGGUAGGAAUCGAUGGUCAAAUUCCACACAAAGAAAGUCAUAAUAAGCCUUUGCUUUUUACCAGUUGAUAAAUAACGAAACAAUCCUAGUGAAAUAACGAAUACGAUCUUAAUUUGAUUGUAACUAUUCAAAAGCUACACAAUCAACAUACAUAGAACGGUUCAAUGCAGUUAUACCCAUGAUACAUUAUUAUUAACUAUACUGUUCUCGCUUUUACUGAAAACUAAUCAGAACAUACAGGGAAUCCAAUAUUUCAUUACAUAAUUUAAAUUUUUUUAGCAUUAUUUCAUUUCUUAAUGUUUUUGUUUUGUUUCUUUUCCACGUAUCGUUAUAGUAUGGUUUCAGUUAGUCUAAAUAUUUUAUUUCGCCUAUGUUUAAAAGUAGUUCAGUUGUAAAUUAGUUUAACAUUUAUUCUAGAUAUUUUACUCAAACAACUUCAAUCAUUACAUUUGUACUGAUUUGCUUUGUAACUACGAAAUAGCUUACUCCGACGGAUAUAGUUCGCUCUAGACGCAAAAAUACCAAAGAACAGAGUGAGAUUACUCACGGAUCAUUGAGGAUGGCAGAGAAAUAUUCUAUUAUUCCCUCCAAUAAACGAUCCUAGUAUUAUCAAUACAUUAUAAUAAUCUACUAGCACCGCAUAUGACCACCGACAGGAUCAACAUCUAUACUGAAUAACCGAUUCUGUCUUUGCUUUUUCUUCUUAAAAUAUUCUUACAUGAGUGCUUGAUUGGAUGUUUUAUCACAACAAACGAAGUUUGACAAUUAUAGCUGAUUGAGUUAAUUGACUUUUUUCACGUUGUCGCGUGACUUAAUUUCAAUCCACGAACAAACCGCGAACCUAUUGGUUCGGACAGCUCAUAAUAGCUUACUGAUUGUGCUCGAACCACAAUCUGUGAAUAACGAAUAAACGAGAUCUAUAAAACAUUACACGUGCUUCUACAGCAGUGACGAAAGAAUUCCGAACAAACGGUAUACCAUUUCGGAACGAUUCUGCACUUUGCCAUUUUAUACUGUUUCUAUAAAAUCAAGCGUACGAAUGUAACCAAAAAACGAUGGGCCUGUUUGCUAACAUUUCAUAUCAAAGCUCCGUCGAUACACGUCAGUAUUAAAAAAAUGUCGGUAGUCAUGAGAAAUCGGAAUACAGAUUCUGUGCGUCAGUGAGUUUUGAUGUUCACCAAAAAUGCAUCAUAACUUAUCUGCUAGAUUUUCCGCAUGUAUCAUACACUGUUUGAUAUGCAUCAUCCGUAAGGCUAAAAAACUCGAGGAACUGUCAUAUAAUCGCACCAUAUAUAUUCUAACGAUAACUAUCGUAACUAAGUUAUCACCUAGCCAGCUAAUCAUAUAGCUGAGCUUAGCAACAUUCAUCGAAGUUCAGUUGCCGGAAAAUGUGUUACAUUGUACUACGCACAGCCAUAAUCAAUCAUCAUUACACUAAACAUAGCUAUAAAAUGACGUUAACAAAAAGGGUGAUUCUAAUCAUACAAUGUAUAGAAAAAGACAUUUGUUAAAGUUACGGCUAGAAAUAUUUAACUAAACACCAGUACAUGAUCUAGUGUAUUUUUUUUGCCCAAACCAGACAGUUGUUCACCUUGUUCUACCUUUGUACGGAAGUCGUGUGAGCUGCAAUGUUUUUACUGUGUGAAAUACCUGAUAGAUGUCACUAGUGGUAUGGUGGGAGGCGGGAGGGAUCUGUCGGGUAUUUUUCCAUGUAGAAAAAUUGCAGAAGGAGAACAUUGUUGGCACGGUUCCAGCUUCUAGGUAGUUAUCAAACGAACAAACUAAAAAUCACGUAUGAAGAGUGUGAGAUAGUGGCUUUUACCGAACCAAAUGCGAUUUGUUUUGUAUAUAUGUUAGCUAGGCAUAUUUUUCGUUGGUUUUAUUAGUAGGGUAAAUAAUUUAUUUAAAUUAAUAAUAUGAAGUGAGAAUGAGCUAGACGCGUUUCAAGGAAGCAUAUAAGUAAUACAAUGUUGG